CUCCGAAGUUUCAACGUUCGUGACCGAUUAUCAACCAAGUCAGAUGAAAUUAACGCUGGUAAACGGUUCUUAGGACAUUUUGCUUUUCAUUAAUUACGUAAAACAAAAAGUGAAGUGUUUAAAUUUUCUUCGCGAAAUUCUAUUGAAUUUGAAAAUUGUGUUUUGACGAAAGGAAAAAAAAAUGGAGCAAAUUUUGUAGUGCGUUCCAGCACUUGGAAGUUUUAGUCAUGAGAGUAUUUCUGUUAGGGAAAGCAUUCUUCCCUUCAAGGAUAACAGCAGAAUCCAUAGCAAAAAAACAAAAACCUAGUAGGAUUUUUAAUAAAUUAUUAUAACCAUAUAUACUCAGGAUAUAAUAGGAAAGUGAUACUUAAAAAUGAAAAUUUUCCAGUCGAAAUAUUUCAUUAAAAAGAAUUCACCUACACAUUCCUAUUAAUAAAAAUUGAUAAUUAACAAGAGAUUUACAACAAUGCAACAUAUAAGUCUGAGUAGUAUUUAGAAACAAAAAAAAAUUGUGUGUCUGGUCAAUUAUUUUUCUCGUGCCUUGAAAAGCAUUUCGAGUUUAGAGAAGAGGUGAUUUUUUGACAGUUGCAUCAGCCUCGCUGACGCUUUACAAAACCCUUUGUUCGACGAGAUAAAGUACAAAUCAACAAAUAACUGUGAUAUUAACUAUCCUCUACUUACACCACAAAUAAUUAACUCAUACCAGGCCAGCCAGCUGGGCCAUUCUUGUAGUGUGACUGGUCACCUGGACUAGAGACUUGUGAUAAACCACUUUGGUUAUGACGUUUUUCCGUAGUCAACGUCCGUCACACAUUGCAGGAAUGGACGCAUCGGGCUUGCCUGUACCGGAUGCAAUCCAACCUCUCCUGGAGCAACUCCAAGAAGCUCUUGUGCUAGAGGUCAAAUACCAGCCCAAUCUUCAAUUACCAAUAUCCACUCAGAAUGAUGAAAUCACAAUGGGUGCACGUGAUGGAUCGGCCCACGUACUUAGAUGCCUAAAAGUGUGGUACGAUCUUCCAUCUGACGUAUUUUUCAUCGCCAUCAAUUUAAUUGAUCGAUUCCUUACAAAAAUGAAGGCCAGACCAAAGCACAUGGCCUGCAUCAGUGUAUCAUCAUUUCACAUAGCCGCCGUCCAAAUGGCUCAGUCACUUGAUGCCGAUCAUUUAGUUUCGAUUUCACAGUGUAAAUGCACUGGCGGUGAUUUGAAACGCAUGUCAGACGUUAUUAGAAAUAAAUUAGAAUGGGCACCUGGCACUCAACCCAUCACAGCCCUUUCAUUUCUUCGUCUAUUCAACGUUAUGUUUCACACUGUUGCAUCACAAUUGGGUCUUGGUGAACUCUACGCGAGCGUUGUUUCGGAAUCGGAGUUGCUUCUGAGAUUGGAGAUGAUUGUUUGCAAUGGUAACUGCGCGAAUUUGAGACCAUCGGAGAUAGCGUUGGUGUUGCUUUGCACGUAUUUGGAUGCUGCUGUUAAUCGUCUGGAUUCAAAUGCUGACGCCACAAUGCUUUGCUCCAUUGCGGGGCCAUCUUCUGUGACAAUACCGCCAACACCUGCUCACGAGAUGCUUAGAUUGGUCGAUUUCGCUGCUGAUUUACAAAAAAUUUGCAAGAUCUCGGACGAUAGUUUCUUUUCGACUCACGAUGCGGUCGGUGCAAUACUCAGCAAAUAUAAUGCGCAGGAACAAACUCCACAUAGACAGAGGCUGAUUUGGAAAUUGUCAUCAAGAACAGCUCGUCUUCUGAGACCCACUGACAAAUUUACAUCAGUAUUGCCAGUUAUUGCCGAACAUGCUCCUGUUCCUUCGCCCAGUAGAAUUAGAAAAAAUCGGAAAUUCUCUCGUCGCCAUGGAAACAAAAGACGCUAGAUGUAAGUAAUUUCAUCAAAUAAUUUUUUUCAUGUAGUUUAUCGUUAUUACACGUCUCCACAACAAAAAAAAUUAGAUAACUAAUUAAAACAAAAAAAAAGGACAAAAAUAUUGGAGUUUCCAAGGUACGAAGAAUACUACGAUGUUAAAUGUGCAACAGGGCUUCAAGAAAAAAAAAGAAAAAAAAAUAUGUAAAGUGGCCUGCUUAGAUGUUAAUGAUUUUGAUUUGAAGUGGCGUGAUUUUUUAGUCUUUACUCCUGAAUCUCAUUCAUCUCUGCCUUGGCUUACACAUUCACUGUGCGCCCUUUUAUAAUAAUAAUAAUAAUAAUAAUAAUUAAUGUUCUUAGACGCUUUUUCCAAGAAAGAAAAUAUGUGAAAAGCUUUAAGGCAACUCGAAAGUCUUGUGCAAGCCUUAAUUGUUUCUUUUUUUUUUGUUUUUUUUUUCGUCUCUAAAUUAUAAAUAUUGUAAACAAAUACGUGCUGUGAGUGUGGAAACUAAUUGGUUCACGAUAAAAUCAUUUUUUCUAGAAACAUUGAAAUGAAUGUGAUACAGUUUCUUCAGUGGUUGCUAACACAAAAAAAAUUCCACUGUUAAACUAUUUAGGUAUAUUCUAUCUACAUAUAUAUAAUAUAAAAAUAUAUUUACUAAUUGCACUAAAUGCAAACAAAAAAAAACUAUAUAAGAAUAAAAGUAUAUAAAAAAAAAAAUUUCAUAGAUUUAGUCGACCAAACAGUUUUCUAAUUAGAAUCAUCUAUUUUUUUCCCUGUGUUUUUCAAGGAAAAAAAUGAAUUUCGAAUCAUUUUGAAGGAAACAAAUAUUCAAGUGGGGAAAAAUAGUUGAUUUUUGUUAGAAACGAAAAAAAAACAUUUCAAAGACGUAGAGAAAUAUAAAAAAAAAAAUUUGAAGAGAAUGUUGAGAAAUAUAAAAAAAAAAGAAAUCUUAUUAUAUAAGAAUUGUGGAGAUAAUUUUUAUGAGUCAUAAGUCAAAUUCUUAUUUUUAAGGUGUUAAAUAUAAUUUUGCGUUUUGGUUAUUACUUUUGGAAGGAGGUAAAUGAAAUUUUUGCAAAAUUCAAGAUGACAAGAAAAAAGAAAAAUAUUUAUUAGCUUUAAUUAGACCGAAAGAAAGUUAUUUUAAAAGAAGAAGAAUUACGAUACAAAUUUGUCGUCAAUUUGCAUGAGUGUUUAAUUGAAAAAAUUUUCCUUACUUUUUCCAGUAAGAGAUUAUUGUGUGCAUGAGAGAACAAUAAAAGCGAUUCACCGCUUCUUUAACGUAUGAGUUUAAUUUAAAAAAAAAAAUGCUGAGAGCAUAAUUAUCAUUUUUCUUGUAUUCAAUACAUAAAUGGCAUUCAAUUUUUCCACUUUUCGUUCAAAUGAACAAAAAAAAAUGUAAAAUUCUUUCAAGUGGAAAUUUUUUUUCUAAACGAAAAUUUUCGUAAAAAGAAAAAGUGUUCGAAAAUUUUAUUUUCGUGAUAAAAUGGCAGCGGUUGUUUACGAAGCUUCUGCGACAAUCAAGAUUAUUGAAAAAAAAAAAUGUUUGAAAGAAAAAAAAAAGAAGUAUGCUUUGGAGAAUUUAUCUGUAAUUUUCCAUUUUAAUUUAACUGACAAUGUACAAAGUGGUAUAAUAGUCCUGAAAAAAAACCACAUGGCCGUAAUAAUUAAUUUUACAAAUGAUAUGUAGUUAACAAUUUCUUAUAAAAAAAAACAUUUGAUACGACAGUAGACAGAAAUUGUAAAAAUGUAUUUAACCAUACCGGUCAAUGAGAUAAAAUUAUAAAUUAAUUGUUUUCUUUUGAUUAAAAAAAACGGACAAGCAUGAAGAUUUGUGGCAACCUCGUGCAUUUAUAUAUUUAAAAAAGAAAUACUUAGAACAAGAGGAUAAUAUUCCUCACUUAAUUGAAUUAUAAUUAAUUGUAUAAAUUUCGAGACCAUACGAACCUUAGUUUCCGUUAUUUCCAAAUGAAAAAUAGGAAGUUUCUGUACAAAUUAAUUUUAUUAUACAAAUCCUUUUAAAUUAUUUAUUUAUUUUCCAAAGAAAACUAAGGUUUUUCCCUAGGUCUCGACAAAAAAAAAAGAAAUUAUCAUUAUUUCGAUCUGGUAAAUUUUUGAAAUUUUAUUUUCCAAAAUUGACAUUUAUUUUUGUAUAUUUAUUUUUUUCUUCCCUAUAAAAGAAAAACAGAUCAAAAUAUUGAUGGUCGAGGAAAGCAAUAAGGGAGAGUAUUGAAAUUCCAGUAGCCAGUUUGCGCUAGUCUCACAAGUGUAAAAAAAUUUGUUUCCUUGCUUUUUUAAUGCUUCGACUUUUUAACUUCUGUUUCUCUCUAUCCUUUUUUUUUAAAAAAAAAAGCUUUCACUAACAUUUUCCCUACGACUCAAAAGUCAAAUUACACACUUGUCUCGUGUUUGACUGGAUGUGUGCGCGAGUGGAAAAUCUGCGAUUCCAAUGACAUUUUUUGCGAAAUGUGAACUUUUUAUUCAUAUUGAAAAUCAAUCGAGUUCAAUAAUUCUAAUAAAUAAUAAUUAAUAAUAAAUAUAUUAGAAAAGAGAAUUGACAGAAUUUUAAGAAAAAAAAAACAUUUUCAAAGUUUAAUAUUGAAAAUUGUCAAAAUAAACGAAUUAUCAAAGUUCAUUAUUGAGAAUUAAAUGUAAAAAAAAGUUCAUUAGUAAUAUAUAUAUAAAGAAAAAAAAAUGAAUGGUAAUAUAAAGAAUUAAAAUGAAACAUCUUUAAUGAAUUGUGAAAGAUGUUUUUUUUAGCAGUGCACAAUAUUUAUUCUUUCUCAAAGUAACAUUGCUUAAGUCAGGGUGCACUUUUGAAAUAUUGUCAAUAAUUUAUUGUUUGUUACAAAAAAAAGGAAAAAACUGGAAAAUUUCUUUCUUUGUACAAUUUUUCUUGUUAAAUUAAUAAUUUUUGUUUCUUUUUCCUUUAUAAUUCAAAAAGAAAAUUUGUUAUUUUCCAUUUUUCUUCUUUUUUGACAAUGUAAUUUUUUCUAAUAUUUCGUUAAAAUACCCUGAAUUUUGUCUCACAAUAUGUUGCGUACUUGGCACAGUAAAAUAUUGUUUGCGACUAUUCUACACAUUCAAAAUGUUAUAUAAAAAAAAAUGAAUUCAAUCAUCGAAUUUAAUGUGUUAUUUAUCAUUUUGAUGUACACCUCAAUUUUGUUCGUAAACAAUGAAUUAAUUAAAAAACUGCAUAGAAAAUUUCAUUAAAAAAAA